AUGGCUGCCACUAAUCCUGAAUACUAUACACACUCCUCCGGCCACAAAAUAUCCCGCAUUCAAACCUCUGGCUUCGACGAUGAUAUCAUCCACAUUGGCGAUACCUCAGUCAACAAGUAUGAGCUCAUGGCAGCCUUCGGUGGUACCCUGAAUCCUGGUCUUGCACCUCCUCCUUCGCGCAAGUUUGCCAAUCCUUCACCUCUCGGUCUUUGCGCUUUUGCUCUCACAACUUUUGUCCUUUCCCUCGUCAACAUACGCGCUCGCCAUGCUACAAACCCUUCCGUUGUUAUCGGCCUCGCUUACUUCUAUGGCGGUUUCAUCCAACUCCUGGCAGGUAUGUGGGAGAUUGUUGUUGAAAAUACUUUCCCUGCAGUUGCCCUUUCUUCCUACGGAGGUUUCUGGCUUUCUUGGGCUGCCAUUAACACAGACUCAUUUGGAAUUGUGUCUUCAUAUACCACAACAGACGAGCUCGAAGAUGUUCUUGGUUACUAUCUUAUGGGCUGGGUCAUUUUCACUACCCUUUUGGUUUCAGUCACUCUUCGCUCUACUUUUGCCUUCUUUGGUCUUUUCUUCACCCUUGAUAUGACUUUCCUUUUCCUCGCAAUUGAAAAACUCGCCCGCUCUCCUGCUUGCGGAAAGAUUGCAGGUUGGUGGGGUCUGGCCGCUGCGUUUUUCGCAUGGUAUAACGCAUAUGCUGGUCUUGCAACUCCAGAAAACUCGUACAUCGUUGUCAAACCCCUUUACAUGCCUGGUGCCAUGCUGCCGCGCGAUAAGACAAAAGAUGACGAGUCCAAGUAA